AUGGAACUUCUGCAACGGCAAGUACUAGCACAUCAACAACGCAAGGUCGACGAGUGGCAGUUCCUGCUUCCAGGAGGGGACAUGGAUCCUGGAACCUCUUCGACGGCGACACGUCCUAGUCGUGGACGUGGGUCUCGCGGUCGUGGACGUGGGUCUCGCGGUCGUCCGCGAGGAUCUAGAGUUGACUCUCGUGGGAAUCGCUCUACGAGUACGAACUUAUCCACGGAUGUCAGCAACACGGUACCAAGAGUGUGUGUUUGCGGUCUAAAUGCCGUACAAAGAACUGUGCUGAAGGAAGGUCCUAACAAGGGAAAGAAGUUCUGGUGCUGCUCCAAACCAAUGGGACAACCCGAUAAGUGCAACUUUUUUGAAUGGGUGGUAUAG